UAAAAGACAAGGAAAUGAUUCGAAGUGACGUUUCUUGUCAUAAAAUAGUGUUUAUUCAAUAUUCAACCUACAAGACACUUCCGCAUUGGCUUUUCCGCCACGCUUUGACAUUACUUCCGUUACACGUUAGUCUUUCUGCCUCCGCGACUAUCAGUUCACACCGAGCAGUAAAACAUGGCCAACGACAUGAUCGAGAACAUCACAAAGGUUCUGGUGCAGUCCGCCAAGCUGGUAGAGGACCAAGUGGAUGCGGAGUUGACCAAACUCAAUGAAAUGGAUGAAGAUGAUUUUGAGAGAAUGAGAGAAAGACGAUUAGAUGCGCUGAAAAAAGCGCAGAAACAGAAACAGGAAUGGUUAUCUAAAGGUCAUGGAGAGUAUCGUGAAAUUCCGAGUGAGAAGGAAUUCUUCAGCGAGGUCAAAGAGAGCAAGAACGUCGUCUGCCAUUUCUACAGAAAUUCUACCUUCAGAUGUAAGAUCCUGGACAAACACUUGUCCCUUCUGGCAAAGAAACAUGUGGAGACCAAAUUCAUCAAACUCAACGUGGAAAAGGCGCCCUUCCUCACAGAGCGGCUGCGCAUUAAAGUCAUCCCUACCCUGGCGCUGCUCAUUGAUGGGAAAUCAAAGGACUACGUGGUCGGAUUCACCGACCUGGGUAACACAGACGAGUUCAGCACAGAGAUGCUGGAGUGGCGACUUGGCUGUGCCGAUGUUAUAAACUACAGUGGUAACCUGAUGGAGCCACCUACAGCCACACAGAAGUCACACUCCAAGUUCACCAAGGUGGAGAAGAAAAGCAUCCGAGGGCGGGGCUAUGACACAGACUCUGAUGACGACGACUGAGGAACAUCUGACAGAUGUCUGGUUUCUCUUCUCUGGGCUACCUCGUUUUUAUAGUCAUAGUCAGCCCUGAAGUCUCCAUGUUAGAUGACUGAUUUGUCUUUGGUGACAGGAUGUCUGCUUGCUUUCAUUAUUAGACAAGAACAUGACUUAUGUGGAAGACUGCGUAGCUCAUGAAUACUGAGCUGCUCUCUACUAUUCUUACUCUGAUGUUAAUUUGUGGCUUUGUUUGGUGACUAAGUUAUUCCUCUUGACAUCUUUAGAACAUUUUUACUCAUUUCCGUGUAGGAAGUUUGACCAAUGGAGACUGAAUUCCUUAAAACAAUUGUAUAUAAAGUUGUGGCAGUUGUGUAAUGGAAUGAGCACCUGACAACUCAAAAACAUCUUGUCAAAAUUGAAGAGUUCUUACUUAAAAAAUAAAAAUAAAAAAAUCCCUGGUUGACUACGAGCUGAGGUUGAAAACAAAUGUGUUGUAGGACUCUUCAUGGAAUCUUAGACACUACAUUUGCUGUCAGAUGUUUUAAUUUAUGUUUUAUGGAUCCACCAGGUGUAACUACUAGCAUCUUUAUAAUCUAAGACUUUAUGGCCUUGGUGUCGACAGACUGAAGCAAGCGUCGAACAAUCAGCUCCCCUUUGCUGUUGAUAUAGGAGUCGGCCAUGUCCUGCUCGGCAGGAAGUCCGUACGGAGUCCUCAGUGGCUCGAUUCUGAAGGGACACACGUACAAGACACGAGUACAAGGUCAGAGGCCUGUACUGCAAAAGUGGUUCAACAAACCCAGGCUUUGUGCUCAUGAUGCAGCUCAACAAAUCUUAAAUUCUGUUACCGCAACGGGGUGGUUAUCAACUUGCCUUGUCAAAUCCGGUUCUCAGCUUUGUGUGCAUAUAUAUUCGUGGUCAUAUUGUUCUACUGUGCAAAAGUGGAGCGAUCCAGGCCCGUGUAUUUUACACGGACACAUUCCUGACAAAAUAACCGAGAACCACUGCACUAAUGCAAGUACAAUCCAGAACAAGUCCUAAGUGAGGUAAGAUGUUAAGUAAAAGUGUUGAUGUCGCUACUGGAAUAAACUCACUGUACAGUGUCGUAGUGAUGCAGACCGCAGUGCAAGUGUAGUUUUUUUUUUUCUUAAACUUUGGGUCACAGGUUCGAUUGCAGCUGUCACCGACAUGCUUUCCUUUGUUAAUAUUUAUGAUCAAUUAACUGUAUUGUGACAGACAAUUGUGAUCUUGGUGAUGUGCUGGUGCAGUCAAAUCAAUGAAGAGGAUGGUUUAUGAUAGGUCCUCAUUCUUCAGUUAUGAAUUAAUGACACUUCCGACUCAAAAUUGUAAUGAAAGUAAUUAACUCAACACGACUUUAAGGCAUAA